GAAACCUUGUGUGACUAGAUUCUGGAACGAGAGUACACAGGCGCCCUUCUUUUCCGGUUGCUGAACAGCCAAAGCCUUAAAAGGACCACAUGGCUAAGCUCAACCGCUUGGUGUCCUCUUCGCGGAGGAAGAACAGGAAAAGGCACUUCAAUGCCCCAUCACACAUUCGGCGAAAGAUCAUGAGCUCCCCGCUGUCGAAGGAUCUUCGUCAAAAGUACAAUGUCCGCAGCAUGCCCAUCAGGAAGGACGACGAAGUUCAGGUGGUACGUGGCCACCACAAGAGCCAGCAGGUAGGCAAGGUGGUGCAGGUGUACCGCAAGAAGUAUGUGAUCUACAUCGAGCGGAUACAGCGAGAGAAGGCCAACGGUGCUUCAGUCUACGUUGGCAUUCACCCCUCUAAGGUGGUCAUUGUCAAGCUGAAGAUGGACAAGGACCGCAAGAAGAUCCUUGAAAGGCGCCGGGGCCGCCAGCUCAAGGACAAGGGCAAGGGAAAGCACACUGAGGAAAGUGUGGCAUGGAGAACGUAAAUUGGAAAAAAAAAAAACCUACCUAUCUGGCCGAGUUUGUUCAAUAAAGGGCUUGGCUUGCCGUGA